UGUCAUUGUUUUCCCUCCAAAAGUACAAAAGAGGCAAAUAUUAAACUGUAUUUAUUACCUAUAAUUGUGAAUCUUAUUUGUAUUAUUUAGAAUAUUAGCUCAAAAAGGUAACAAAUAAAUUUUUGUGCACCUUAUUUCUUCGUCAGAAGCUCCCACAUAUUUAACCGUUCCUCAAUUUCAUAGAAAUGAUUGUAAAACGUGGUGCUCUUAUUGUAAUUGAGGGGGUGGACAGGACAGGCAAAACUACACAAGCAAAAUUGUUAGUCGAAAGUUUAAAGAAGAGAAAAAUACAAGCUGAAUAUAGAAAUUUUCCCAAUAGAAAUACAGAGAUAGGCAAAGUAAUUAACAGUUAUUUAACAUCACAGACAGAUCUUCCUGAUGAAGCAAUUCAUCUGCUGUUUUCAGCAAAUCGUUGGGAGAAAUCACGUGAUAUCCUCGAUUUGCUUGAGAAAGGCACAACAGUUAUUGUGGACAGAUAUUGCUAUUCAGGAGUGGCAUUUUCUGCUGCCAAAGGCCUUGACUUGAAUUGGUGCAAGUUUCCUGACAUUGGUUUACCAAAACCUGACAAGGUAUUCUUUCUCACAUUACCUCUGGAAGUGAUGCAGCAAAGAAAUGGAUUUGGCAAUGAAAGAUAUGAAGUUCCUGAAUUCCAAAAGAAAGUUAUAGAAAUGUAUGGACAAUUAAAAGAUAAUGAUUGGGACAUAAUGAAUGCAAACCGAACACUAGAAGUUAUUCAAGAGGAGCUCUUUCAAAGUACUCUCAAUGUGAUUAAUACAGUUGAGCAUACAUCUAUUGGAAAACUAUGGGUAAAGAAGUAAACUAUGAGAAAAUGUUGACUUGAAAUGAAACUUAUACAAAAAUGAGAACAAAUUGGUUUAUCUUAUCUAUUUUAAGCAUCUAGGUGUAGAAUUGAUUUAAGAUAUUUUAAAUAAUGGAUCUCUUCAUUGAGGUUGAUCCUAUUUGAAUUGAAUGACUACCAAACAUCACAUUUGGACUAAGCUCAGUGAUUUAGUACUAUUGUAGGAUAAGUUUUUGACUUUUAGAAUAAGAUGAAAAUUGUAUGUUGCACGCAUAACAUCAUUUUUGGCCUAUUAUUAAUUAGUAUAUAUUAUUGACGUCCUAAAACACGAAGAUUGUACAAGUGAACAAAAUAUGAGGAAAAGAGAUAAUAACACUAACCAGGUAUGGUUACUACCUAUACUAGAAACUUAUCAAAUAAUAUUCCAUAAGAUGACUGAUUCAAAAAAUAAUUUUACGACCUUGAAAGGUGUUUCCCCCUAUUGUGGUAUUUUUUUGCUCAUUGACGUAAAUGAGUUAAAAACGUCGAAAUCUAAGAUUUGGUAGACAGUAAUAUCUCUAUAUUUUUAGAUAAAUGUUGUUUUGUGUAUGCACAAAUGAAUCAAUAUUUACAAUUAUUUAAUAUUAUGUGUAAAC